AUGACCGCUGUUGCUGUGGGAUCGGUCCAGCAGCCAAUGGCAACGCCGAACCGCGAUGACGAGGACGUGACGUCAGGAACAAGGAGUCGCGCGACUGUCGCCCGCAAAGCAAGCAGUGUCGGCGCGGUGUCUUACAAGGCGUAUCGAGGCGCGGCGCGAUCCCGACACUUGUAUUUCAAUCAGCCGUUCCCACGUGCAAACAAAAUAUCGCUCGCAUUGUUGAUUGCGCACAACGAACCUGCCCUAAUCAAAUUUAUGUUUGCUCGUCUUGAGGCGGGGGAGCCCCCCCUCCCGCCACCCUGCACGUGGAUCGGUGGAAUUACUCCAUUUGCACUUCAAUCCAGGUUCCCUGCCUGGCGGCCAUUUUUCCCCCGGCAUCGAGUGGCUCGUUACAGCGAGCGGUGCCACUGCGAGCGCGGCGAA